AUGUGGUUCGGAGAGUUUCAGGUUAGACUAGGUGUCGAUAAGGGAAAUUGGAUCCCUGAAAAUUCUCGAUCUAUUUUGGAUCAACAUUGGGCUUCUGAAAAAUUCCAAAACAAAAGUAAUACUGCUAAAGGGAAUCGGGCUGUAGAGAAUGGAGCAACAGCCUACACUGGUGGCUCCAUAUCUGCAGGAGCCCACUUUGAAAAAUUGGCGAAGGAGCAAAAUCGUCCCCCUACUGUUUUGGAAUUAGUGGAAAAGACAAAAAAACUUAAGACUGGAGAAUGGGUCAGUGAUAAAGCCCACAACAUUGUUGAGAAAUAUAAGGAGCGUCUAAUUGAAGUCAAGCAACAAGAUACACAGGAUGACACAGAGGGCUCUGCUUCUACUUGUAUUAGUGAUAAUGAAGUUUAUUUGCAGGUGGUUAAAAAGAAUACGAAGGGGAACUUGUAUGGGCUUGCUGGAUUGACUGAUGAUUUCAUUUGCUCAACACUUCCACAAUCUUCUAUGUCACAUCCAUCACCAGUCACUGCAGGGAUGAUAGAAAAAAUGCAAAAUAGGAUAACUAAAUUAAAUGUUGAGCUUGCUGCAAAGGAAGCAAAGGAAAAAGCAUUGGAAGAACAUAUACGACGGCAUGAUGAGCAGAUGCAGUAUAUACUACGUCAUCUCAACAUUGACCCUUUAAGGCCAACCCCUCCUCCACCGAGUACUUCCCUAGAUGAUCCUGACCAUGGUGUUGAUGAUGCUCUUGAUGAGAUAGCAGAAGACCCUUAA